CCCAUCUUUUGUUUUAUAGCUUUUGUCCAAGAAUAUCCGUAUUCUGUAGUUAACAUUUACCCUAAAACCUCCUCAUCUCCAACUCUUUCUUUCUCUUUAUUUGGUCAGAAUCAGAUAAUAUUGAAUGAUCAGAAAAGCUUCACACCAAAUAAAGCAAUGGCCGAUAAGCCAAAUAUUCCCCACCCUCUCAACUGCCCUCGCUGCGAUUCCUCCAACACCAAAUUCUGCUACUACAACAACUACAGCUUCUCUCAGCCUCGCCACUUCUGCAAAUCCUGCAAGCGCUACUGGACCAGAGGCGGCACCCUCCGCAACGUCCCUGUCGGCGGCGGAUGCCGCACAAACAAGCGCCCCAAGCGCCACUCCUCCUCCUCCCAGCAGCACAGAAAUCUGCCUCCGCCGCCUUCCAACCAGCUCCAAAACCCUUUGUUUCACGGCCUCAAUGCUAAUCCCCCCAAACUCAACUUUCCCCUUUUCAGUUUUAGGGUUUCUUCAGAUGAUUCCGGAUUCGAUCGAAUCAACGGUCUCGGGUUAGGGUUUUCAUCGAAGCCGAUCCAAGUGGCUUCUUCGUCGCCUUUCACAUCAGCUGCAAACAAUUCUGUCUUCUUCGGAUCUUCCUCCUUCUCCACGACUUCAACAAUGGCAUCUUUGCUCCAUUACGAUGAUAGACUGGCUUGGAACCCGAACCAAACCCCGAGCCUAAACACAAACCCUAUCGAUCAGAUUAAUUCUUUUGAUCACGUAUGGAACACAAGUACAAGCACAAGCACAAGCAGCGCCGGUGCUUGGUUUGACCCCUCAACCAUGGGUGGCUACUCGGUUUCAUCUCUGAUCUAGAAGCUUCCAUUGCGCUUCCUUUAAUCAUUCAUUAACUGGUUGGGUGGAGAAUAUUAGGAUCGGAGGGAUCAUGUCAGCAGCAACAAAAUUCAGCCUGAUAUAUUUUUGACAUGGAAGGCUAUUUUGCGCUGAGAGGAACCUCGGAUCCUCUUCUUCUCAUAUUCGAACACAUGAAUAGGUGAACCUUGAAUUAUUAGUAUAUAUGUUAUCAUGAGUCAUGACAUGUUCUUUUUUUUUCAUUUUUUGCAUUUUGGUGUUUGUGUUUAGUUUAUGCAACAUGUUUUUAGAAUUGGGGUUUACUAUAGAUUUAAAUAUCUACAUCUUGAUGAAGCAAUUGGUAAAGUGUCUGUAUUUCUUCAAGAAUUUGUUUAUUUUCGGCUUUCGAGGUGGUAUACAAGAAAGAGAGAUAUUGUGGUUA